AUGAAUAUGGUUGCUUCAUCGAGUAAUCCAUUGCAAUGCCACUCGUGUGGAAGUCGAGAAAUUGAUUAUGACAACAUUGGCACUGAACGAAGUCGAGUAUGCAAAAACUGUGGUGUCGUUAUAGGAGAUAUGGUUUCUCACAAUAUGGACAAGGCAUUCAAUGAGCACACUGUCUAUGUCCCUAAUGAUAGCCACUGGACUCGUAGUGGAGCUGCAGGUUCCAAAAGUAACGUGACUCUUUUUAGGCGAAAAUCAUUCCGUACCGUGAAACGCUUAACCAAAACUCUCUGCCUUCCAAGUGAUAUACAGGAUCAGGCGCUAAAUCUACUGAAGCAGUUGUAUAAACACCUUAAGAGCCGAUAUUUCCAGGGAGAAAAACUUGUAGCUGCUGGGUACAAACUGCCAGUUUAUUUAAAAAUUGUUCAGUUUUGCGUUGAAGUGCAAUGGCUCGAUACUGGACGACUGAGACCACCUCUGAUAGGUGCAGCUGCUUACCUUGCUUUAAAGUCAAGUGAUAGUCCUAAGGCAAAUAUAGACGCAAUAUGCAAGGAUUGUAAAAUUAGCACUGGCAUAUUCAUGAAAAGGAGACGUGAAAUUGAAGAUGUUUGCAUGAAUUGCAUUAAAUUUCUACCAUGGAUUAAGCAAGAUUUGGUCGAUAGCAUUAGUAAACUGAUGCAAUUUGCAUUAUUCAUAGAUAUCUCACGAAAGAAGAUUGCCCAUUAUCUACCAAAAAUUAUUAAAUAUAAAGAAGUCAUUAAACACUCAAUAAAAGAAAAAGCUGAUGCUCAGACUUAUGCGCCCAUAUCCUUUGCGCAAAAUCAACGGAAAUCCCUAGAAAAUCGAAAGGCCAUUAAAGAAGUUAAGGAAAGCCUGUUGUUGAAUGGUGAAGAAGUGAACGAAGAGGAUUUGUGGAAAACUCUAAAAGGAAUUCAUACUAAUCCCGGCGAACACAAUGAAGCCGUUAUCAAGUUACUACUUGCUCAUGGCUAUUCAGAAGACGACUUGGCUGAUGGAUACUAUGAAUCACGUUUAUGUCAGUUAAUGCCAUCGUCGUCGCAGAAUGGGGAAGAGCUAGGUCAGGAAGAUAUUGCUGAAGAAGAGAUGCAUAACUUUUUGAAAUCGGCGGAAGAGGUGCAGAAACUUAAGGUUGUGGGCUCUAUGCCCAAGGUCCAUAAGAAGAAUUCCAAAUAA